UUUUUCUUUUUCUGGUAAAGUCAAAAUUUUGGGGGAGGUCUUAAACUCUCCUUGUAGGCCAGAUCUAGUUACCCGACUGUUAUAGGUCGAGAAGCACUGGAAUGUGGAAACUCUUCCUGCCACGUAGUCGUAGUCGGAGCAAAUGUCUGCGCUAUCUAAUACCAAAACGGAGCUAUACCAUCAGUGGAGCCACCAGUCAGUCAGGUGAUGCAGACUCCAAGGUCGUUGAGCUAUCUGUCGGUAAGGUGAGAGGCCGCUGGCAGAUGGGUCUCUACGGUGACGAUUUCUAUAGUUUUGAGGGGAUUCCCUUCGCCAAGCCGCCGCUGGGCGAGCUGCGUUUCGUAGCACCCGUUCCGGCGGAUCCUUGGAAACACGAAUUGGAUGCAAGGCAGGAAAAAAGUGUACCCCUUCAGGCAGACCGAAAGACGGGCCAGAUCAUCGGUAGCGAGGAUUGCCUGUACCUGAAUGUAUACACCAAGCAUUUUGAUCAAUCGAAGCCACCUCUUCCGGUCAUGGUUUAUUUCUACGGCGGGGCAUUUCGCACGGGAGGUGCCAUCCGCUCCAAAUACGGGCCGGACUAUUUGAUGAGCAAGGAUGUGGUAUACGUGCUUUUCAACUACCGGCUCUGUGCCUUGGGAUUCCUCAGCAUGCCCAGUCGAGAGUCCGAUGUCCCCGGUAAUGCGGGUCUCCAGGAUCAGAUACUAGCCUUGAAAUGGGUCAACGAACACAUCAAGUGCUUCAACGGAGAUCCGCAGAACAUAACUAUAUUCGGAGAGAGCGCUGGAGCGGCAUCGGUGCAUUUUAUGAUGUGUCUUCCCCAGGCGAAGGGUCUGUUCCACAAGGCCAUUAUGAUGUCUGGAUCGAUGCUGAGUCCCUGGUCAGAUGCUCCAGAGCGACAGAGCAUGUUUUCUCGCCUUGCCAAUGCAGCAGGAUAUCAAGGUCCACCCAACGAGGCAUCCAUAUUGAAAUUCCUUCGUACGGUAGAAGCUGAAAAGCUGAUGGGUCAUGAUUUUUUCAACGCUCGCGAUUGUCUGUUUGGAUUUUUGUAUCCCUUCGUACCUGGUGUUGAAUUGGCCCAAACCAACUCCGGGCUGAUACAAGUUCCCUACACGCAGCUGAUGAAGGAGGCGUGGUCGUGUCAAGUUCCCCUGUUGAUGGGAGGUACAUCCUUCGAGGGGCUGGUUUUUUAUCCCUAUUGCAAGCUAGAUAACGGCUAUAUGCUGGAGUUGCUGAAACAGGAACCAGCCCUGGUUCUGUCCCAUGGUUUAUACAAUGAAAUGUCUCCAGAGGAGCGAACCGAUGCUGCCAACGAACUGAUAAAAUACCACUAUGGACCUCGAGGAAUAACCAAAAAUAAUAUAACGCAAAUUUUGGAUUUAUUUAGCUACAAACUAUUCUGGCAUGGCAUGCAUCGUGUGGCACUUUCCAGGAUAUCCUUAGCCCAGGCACCCACCUACCUCUAUCGCUUCGACUUUGAUUCCCCAAAGCUGAACCUGAUGCGGAACAAUCUUUGCGGGGAUGACAUCAAGCGGGGCGUGUGUCAUGCCGACGAUUUGGGCUACAUAUUCCACAAGCAGGCUAUUAAACAAUUUCCCUUGGACUCUCCUGAAUAUUGCACUAUCCAUCGAAUGGUGACUAUACUAACCACCUUUGCCCGGACCGGUGAUCCAAACUGUCCGGAAACUGGACCUGAUCAGUGGACACCCAUAACCGUUAAAUAUCCUUAUAAAGUCAUGAAUAUUGGACAGGAUCUGGAGAUGGUUACGCAAUUUGAAAAAGAUGGCCUAGAGGUUUGGAAUCGAAUUUAUUCAAUGGCAAAGCAAUGCUGAAAUUUGGACUCUAACAAAUUUUAGGAAGUAUCUAAAGUUGACGUAGUUUGUUGCU